GGGGCGGGGCCAGAGGCGCCGGCGCAGCCCGGGGAGGCGCGAGAGGAGGUGGUAGCGGCGGCGCCGGGAGCUCCUGUCACCGCUGGGGCCAGGACGGGCCGGGCGGGAGCGCCGGGGACGUGAGGGCGCGACGGCCGGGACAUGGGGCCUGCCUGCCCCGCCACUCGCGGUCUGGGUCGCCUUCAGGGCCCGACACUGCUGCCUCUGUUGCUGCCCCUGUUACUGCUGCUUCUGCGCGCGCAGCUUGCCACCGGGAGCCUGAGUGGUGGGAGCCCCGGCGCGGCUGAGGCCCCAGGGUCGGCCCAGGUGGCAGGACUAUGUGGGCGCCUAACCCUUCACCGGGACCUUCGCACCGGCCGCUGGGAGCCAGAUCCACAACGAUCGCGAAGAUGUCUCCAGGACCCGCAACGCGCGCUGGAGUACUGCAGACAGAUGUACCCGGAGCUGCAGAUCGUGCGCGUGGAGCAGGCUGCACAGGCCAUCCCCAUGGAACGCUGGUGUGGGGGUGCUCGGGGCGGCCGCUGCGCGCAGCCCCACCAUCAGGUUGUGCCCUUCCGCUGCCUGCGGGGUGAAUUCGUGAGUGAGGCCUUGCUGGUGCCUGAGGCCUGCCGGUUUCUGCACCAGGAGCGCAUGGAUCAGUGCGAGAGCUCCACUCGGAGGCAUCAGGAGGCGCAGGAGGCCUGCACCUCCCAGGGCCUGGUUCUGCACGGCUCUGGCAUGCUUUUACCCUGUGGUGUGGAUCGGUACAGGGGUGUGGAGUAUGUGUGCUGCCCCCCUCUGGCGACCCCAGAUCCAGCCAGGACAGCUGUUGGCGACCCCUCGACCCGAUCGUGGCCCCUGAGCAGCAGAACAGAGGCGGGUGAGGAUGAGGAAGAGGAAGAAUCCUUCCUGCAGCCAGUGGAUGACUACUUUGUGGAGCCCCCACAGGCUCAAGAGGAAGAGGAAGAAAGAGCCUCACACACGAAUUCCCACACUCCUGCAGGGAUCAGCGAGGUGACUCCCACCCCAAGGCCCACAGAUGGUGUAGACGUGUACUUUGGCAUGCCAGGGGAAAUCAGUGAGCAUGAGGGAUUUCUACGGGCCAAGAUGGACCUGGAGGAGCGUAGGAUGCGCCAGAUUAAUGAGGUGAUGCGUGAAUGGGCCAUGGCAGACAACCAGUCCAAGAACCUGCCUAAAGCUGACAGACAGGCAUUAAAUGAGCACUUCCAGUCCAUCCUACAGACCCUGGAGGAACAAGUGUCUGGUGAGCGACAGCGCCUGGUGGUGACCCACACCACCCGAGUCAUUGCUCUCAUCAAUGACCAGCGCCGGGCAGCCCUGGAAGGCUUCCUGGCAGCUCUGCAGGGGGACCCACCUCAGGCAGAGCGGGUCCUGGUGGCCCUGAGGCGCUAUCUGCGAGCGGAGCAGAAGGAGCAGAGGCACAUGCUGCGCCACUACCAGCACGUGGCUGCCGUGGACCCGGAGAAGGCCCAGCAGAUGCGUUUCCAGGUGCAGACACACCUUCAGGUGAUAGAGGAGAGGAUGAAUCAGAGCCUGGGCCUGCUAUACCAGAACUCCCAGCUGGCUCAGGAGCUUUGGCCUCAGAUUCAGGAACUCCUCCACUCAGAACACCUGGGUCCCAUUGAAUUGGAGACCCCUGUCCCUGGGGGCAGCAGUGAAGACAAGGACGGACUACAGCCUCUGGAUUCCAAGGAUGAUACCCCCAUGGCCCUUCCUAAAGGGUCCACAGAACAAGAUGCUGACUCCCCGGUGAAAGAAAAGAUAGCGCCCCUGGAGCAGUAUGAGCAGAAGGUGAAUAUGUCUGUUCCAAGGGGUUUUCCUUUCCACUCAUCGGAGAUUCAAAGAGAUGAGCUGGCCCCGGCUGGGACCGGAGUGUCCCGUGAAGCUCUUUCUGGGCUGUUGAUCAUGGCAGCAGGUGGUGGCUCCCUGAUUGUCCUCUCCUUGCUGCUUUUGCGCAAGAAGAAGCCCUAUGGGGCUAUCAGCCAUGGUGUGGUGGAGGUGGACCCAAUGCUGACCCUGGAGGAGCAGCAGCUCCGUGAAUUGCAGCAUCAUGGCUACGAAAACCCUACCUACCGCUUUUUGGAGGAACGACCCUAACCCAGCCCCUUCAUCCUUUUAGCAGAACUCAGACUUUCCUCAUCUUCCUGAAGCUCCAUAACCCCAAUUUCCAUCCU